AUGAAGUGGGUCGUCGAAUCGUCUCUGGCGGCUGUCACCCGGCAGAGCGGAAAAACGGCGACUUUGCGGCUCUCCGGUGGCUGUCACCCGACGGAGAGGAGCUGGAUGGAGGUGGGGCGCGUGUCAGGGAGCUUCAUCCUCAGGUCCGCACAGCAAGAGGAGGCUCUUCAUCGCAUCCGGUACGCUCUCAGGAGGUGGCGAUUCGUCUCCUGGCGGAUCGUCCUCUUCCCGACGACGGCUUGUUCGUCGAUCAAUCAGAGAUGAUUUACUCGAUGGAUUCGCGAUCCUUUUAUCGCAAAUCGUUCAGCAAUUUUAGUAGCAAUGCUCCGCGAAUCGCGUUGACGAGAUUUUCACCGAUGAUCCAGUGAUUCUGGUUGCUUAAUCCUUCACCAAUGAUAUGCAGGAAAGUCACAAUAAUCAGAUAAAAAUAUAUGAAUUUUGACUCUGGGAGGAUUCGAACCCGUGCCGGUUGUCCACCCCUUCUGAGGAAGGUGUGACGCAGGUUUAGUCCCACAUCGGUUGUGCGCCGAUUUUUCAGGCGAAUAUAUAGUAAUGUUAGCUUUCUUAGCAAAGUCCCUUCUCUCGCAUGUACGACCACUCCUUGCCCCACAAUCGGCUGGCCACCGAUGACAUGGAAGGGGAGUGGCGCACACGUGCCCCUAUCAGUCCAAGCCGCUCGAGCCCCUGCUCGCGGCUACUCCCCGACUGAGCUUCCGACCCGCUUGCGGGCCUGGCUGGCCGGCGGGUCCCCCCCAUUUUGUAAUAUUUUAGUUUUAUUUCUUUUUCUUUAUUUAUCUCAAAAGUAAGACUGUAAAAAUCAUAUAAAUUCGUAUAAAAUCACAUAAUUACCCAAAAAAUCACAUUAAUCAACUAAAAGCCACUUUUCACACUUUAACACAAAUAUAAGUCUAUUUAUCACGAGUUAAGGCUAAAACUAUAUUAUUUACUAAUUAUUAACUCAUGAUAAUGAAGACUUAUCAUCUCCCUCUUGUAUCACUCUCAAAAGCUGAAUACAACUCUCUACACUUCUUCCAAUAUAUGGCAUCUACGAGGAUUUGAAGACCAUUGUUGACACGAAGAAGAGAAAACCUUAGAAUUGCUAUUUGAAGAACAAAAGUACAUGAGGUUAUAUAUAAGAAGGGAAGAAAGAGAGAGAGGAGAAAUGAGUCUGGUGGGCCUAGUGGGUCUAGUGAGCCUAGUGGACCUAUUCUAAUAUUCUCCCUCAAGUUGGAGCAUCUAAGUCAAAUAUACUUAACUUGGUGCAUGUCGUGUCAUAAGAGAUCCCCCCAAAACUUUUGGUGAAGAUGUUUUCGAGCUAAUGAAAUGAGACAACAUGUGAAAUAGAGAUAACACCUGACAUUACUUUAUUUCUAAAUGUAAUGGUAGUCAAUCUUGAUGUGCUUUGUCUACUCAUAAACCGUAGGAUUUCUAGUAAUAAAGAUGGCGGCUUAAUUAUCAUAGUAUAUAGGUAUUGACGUAGGAGAUGAAAUACCAAGAUUUUUUAAGAGUGAACUUAGCCACAUCAUCUCUCACAUCAUGUUAGUCAUGACACGAUAUUCGAACUUAGCAUUGAAGUAAAGUACUAUCUUCUACUUCUUAGAACACCACGUGUGAUGUGACUCAGUCGUUUUAUAUUAAAUCACACAAAUAUAAAAUUUAUAAAACUAGAAAAUAUGAAUUUUUAGAUAUUUAGAAGUAUUUCUAAAUAAAUAUAUAAAUUAUAAUUCAAUAACAUUUUAAAAAAUAGCAGUAAUUUUCCAGGUCGAUUACAAGGAUGUAAUAUAAUAUUUGGUAAUUAUUCAAAAUUUUCCUUAAAGAAUACUAUUUUCUAUGAAUUUUAUACUAAGAAAUGAAAAGGAAGUAUAUUUAAAAUUUACGAAAAAAGGAAAUAAGGGUGCAGACACCAGGAUGACGUUAGUGCCCAGCAAACGCAAAUUGGGCAAAAAUAGAGUUCUGCCCGGCAAUUCUUACGUAAGCGAUUACAGAUGAUUUAAUUAAUCAAAUUAAGAUCUGUAAAAGCCGGAAGAAUCGUAAUUGAGUGAAGUAUAUUUUGGUAAAUUAAAAUCACACAAAUUAUCAUUAAAUGAAGCAUAAAGUAAGUUGAAAGUAGGAAAAUAGAGUUUCAGCGUCGCGACGGCAAUACGUCAGCGAUGCACUGGAAUCCUGAGCGUUCGGGAGGAUCGUCGUAUAGUGUCCAUGGCCUCAAAGGCUCUCUUUGGACAAGGAUGACGUGGGCAAUCUCUAGAUCUCUUUGCGAAGUCUAGAGAUCAAUGAAAUGGGUCGCCGAGUCGUCUCCGGCGGCUGUCACCUGGCGGAGCGGAAAAACGGCGACUUUGCGGCUCUCCGGCGGCUUUCACCUGACGAAGAGGAGCUGGAUGGAGGUGGGGCGCGUGUCAAAGAGCUUCAUCCUCAAGUCCGCGCAGCAAGAGGAGGCUCUUCAUCGCAUCUGGUAUGCCCUCAGGAGGUGGCGACUCGUCUCCCGACGGAUCAUCCUCUUCCUAACGAUGGCUUGUUCGUCGAUCAAUUGGAGAUGAUUUACUCGAUGGAUUCAUGAUCUUUUUAUCGCGAAUUGUUCAACAAUUUUAGUAGCAAUGCUCCGCAAAUCACGUUGACGAGAUUUUUGCCGAUGAUCCAGCGAUUCUCGUUGCUUAAUCCUUCACCAGCGAUUUGCAGGAAAGUCGCGAUAAUCAGAUAAAAAUAUAUGAAUUUUGACUCUAGGAGGAUUCGAACCCGCGCCGGUUGCCUGCCCUUCCUAGGGAAGGUGACGCAGGUUUAGUCCCACAUUGGUUGUGCACUAAUUUUUCAGGCGAAUAUAUAUACUAAUGUUUCAUUCCUAAGCAAGUCCUUUCUCUCACGUGUACGACCACUCCUUGCCCUAUAGCCAACUGGCCACUAGUGACGUGGAAGGGGAGUGGCACACAUGUGCCCCUAUCGGUCCAAGCCUGCUCGAGUCCCUACUCGCAGCUACUCCUCGAUUGA